CUCAAAUACCGUCUCUCUCACUCUCAAUUCUGCCACCUAAUAUUAGUUCAAAUCCAAAUCAAAUGGUAAUCGCUCAGAUCUUCUCUUGUUUUCUUUUAUUUGCUCGAAUGGGACAAUUCCUUGGCAAAAAGUGAGGACAUGUUAUUUUUCAUUUUUUCAUAUUAAUUGAAGUUGUGAUCAAUAGUGCUUGUAGGAUUAGACGUUGGGAAUUCAAGUACGUAGCUGGCUGCAAAGAGAGUUGGUUUCUUCUGCAGCCUAGUAAUCAAUGGGUCUUUACGUUUUUUACGUUUUUGGAGAAACAUGUAUGAGAUUGUAGUAUGCAUGUUAAAGAAACGAUUGGUAAAAGGCGUUUCGGUUAUGGAGAUUGCGAUGCUUUUCAUGAUGCAGGUAUAUAUAUCUUGGGCUUUCGACAGCGAAGUAGAAGCUGCAAGGGCUUAUGACAAGGCUGCUAUCAAAUGCAAUGGAAGGGAAGCAGUGACUAACUUUGAGCCAAGUACAUAUGAAGGAGAGAUGAAAUCUUCAGCCAUCAAUGAAGCUGGCAUUCCUAAUCUUGAACUUAAUUUGGCCAUAGCAACUCCAGGACAUGGUCUGAAAGAAAACAGGGGGCAACUCCAGUUCCCCUGGGUCCCUUACAGCAUGCAUGCUGGAAGAACAAUGGUGGAAACCAAUGUUAAUUCGGUAAUUGGUAAUCCAUCUUCAGAAAGGCUGGUUGCAACUGAAGAGCAUCCUUCUCCAUGGAAUGGCGUGAAUCCUAGUUUCUUUCCCAAUCAGGAGAGAGCUGAUAGGAUCAGCAUAGAUCAUUCCAAAGGACUCCCCGGUUGGCCAUGGCAAAUGCACAACCAAAUCACUGCUACCCUAGUGCCUCCUUUCUCUGUUGCAGCAUCAUCAGGAUUCUCCAUCUCAGCUACAUUUCCAUCGAGCGCCAUCUUUCCGGUGUGGCAUGUUGCUGAUGUUCCAAAGGAUGACAAAUUUGAUUAACAUAUUUUGCGCACAAAUUAAACAGUUUCGACACAGCUCCAAGAAAACUCUUGCCAUCGGACUCCUGUUUACGCCCAGAUAGAUGUGCACUUGAGAUGGGUAACAUAACCAAAUCUGGUGCUGAAAAGAGCAGGUUGGAGGAGAGGCAGCGUGUUGAAAAGAAAAUAAGGGAGGCCAAAGGGGAAACCUUCAAAACAAAGUGGUUUGAUAUAACUGAAGAAGUGGCAACCACUCCUUGGGGUGACUUGGAAAUCUGUGAAUACAAUGGUAAAUACACUCAUAGAUAGCUCAGACACUGAUGAGGUUGAUAAUAAAUCCGUUGAAUUCAACCCAUGGUAGUAUCCACCACCAUCAUAAUUUUGUCCUCGGUACUUUGUUUUCUCUCUUUUGGAAGCCUGAGAUAGUGGAAAGUAUCUGUCCUUUUCUGAUUGUUGGCUUGUGUACAUGGUAUGGUAACUACAGUCCAUUAUUCUGUCUUAAUUGAUCUAUAAUUGUGAUGUAGAAUGUUAUUAGUUUCUGUAGAAA